CCCUCUCCAUGUCCCUCUAUCCAAACAAAGCAUAAGAAUUGGGAGGGAAGGAGGCCAUGAAUGAUGAAACGUCCUUUCUGUUCUCUGUUUCAACGAAGACUAUCACUAAUGACCCGAGACCCAAAAUAUAACGUUUCAUCUCUCAUGCUCUCUCCAACGAGGGGGCAACAAAAUGGAGCCUUCAUCUUCAUCAUCGGGAUCAGUGAAUGGGAGUAGUUUAAUGGUGAUGACAGAGUCGCAUUCGCAAUCAAUUGUGGUCCAAAAAGACAAGGCAGUGACGAGUAUGUCUCGGGCGUAUUUGGAGAACAAAGCAGUGAGUGAUGCCAAGAGCUUAAUAGCAGAGCUGUGCCGCCAGUUUUACGCGAUGGGGUGGGUUUCGGGUACUGGUGGAAGCGUCACCGUCAAAGUCCACGAUGACUCUGUUCCUCGGCUCGACCAGCUUAUUGUCAUGUCCCCUUCUGGUUUUCAGAAGGAGAGAAUGGUACCGGAGGAUAUGUACGUGCUAUCACCUGAUGGGUUUAUAUUAUCAUCCCCUGCUUCUAAGCCAUAUCCAUACAAGCCUCCCAAAUGUACUGAUUGUGCUCUUCUUUUUAUGAAGGUGCUUCUUCAAUUGGUGAUUUUUGGUUUUUCUAUUUUUCUUGCAUUCACAUUAUAUUUGUGUGUUUUCUUACAACAGUUUCUUUUUUUUUUUGUGGGGGUUCAGGUUUAUGGGAUGUGUAAUGCUGGGGCUGUUAUUCACAGUCAUGGAAUGGAGUCAUGUCUUGUAACUAUGAUCAAUCCUUUCUUGAAGGAGUUUCGAAUUACUCAUAUGGAGAUGAUAAAAGGAAUUCAAGGACAUAGUUACUCUGAUGAGCUUGUGGUCCCAAUAAUUGAAAAUACUUCCCAUGAAGGAGAAUUGACUGAGCCAAUUGCUGAGGCUAUAAGAGCUUACCCAAAGGCAACUGCUGUGCUUGUUCGCAACCAUGGGGUGUAUAUAUGGGGAGAUUCAUGGAUCAGCGCCAAGACACAGGCUGAAUGCUAUCAUUAUCUCUUUGAUGCUGCUAUCAAGCUACACCAAUUGGGGUUGGACUGCUCCGCACCGUGUCAUGGCCCCAUUGGCAAGGUUAAUGGAUUUUGGGGAUCUGGUGGAAAUUUCAGCAGGAGUUUCAGAACUGCGGCUUUUGGUUUAGAUUACAUGAUGGAGCCUUCCCAACAUUGCAUACUGCUUGACAAUGAAGGGACGGCUACUCCUACAUCAUUUAUUACCGAUGUUCUUUUCCCUUAUGCACUUGAUAAUGUAGGAAAACAUUUAGCUGCAACAUAUGGCAGUAAAGAAACUCAAGAAGAUAUCAAUCUGCUACGAUCUCAAAUUCAGGAUGAUUUUGAGCAAGGUGUUUCUGGUGCUGUCCCAAUCCCACCUGAUUAUGUUGGGAAAGAGUUGGUAAUCGCGUCUUUGGUUGCCAAUGUGGAAUCAAUGAUGAGGAGUGACAGGAAAGUCAUUGCUCUGAAACAACUACAAGGUCAUAUAUGGAGAACUGGAUUUCAAAGCAAUGAAUUGGUUGGUGUUGUAUUUGAUGAUGUGCCAGAAGCUCUUGAAAGGUGGGAUGCUUCAGGCAUCAAGGUGUAUGUAUAUUCUAGUGGCAGCAGGGAAUCACAACAACUCCUUUUUGCCAAAUCUAACUAUGGUGACUUGAGAAAAUACUUCUGUGGAAUUUUUGAUACUACAAUGGGGAACAAAAAGGAAACACGGAGUUAUUCUGAAAUUUUUCAAACAGUGGGAGUUGAUAAGCCAUCAGAUAUUUUAUUUGUGACAAAUGUCUUUGAAGAAGCUGUGGCAGCUAGGGCUGCAGGUUUGGAAGUCAUAAUCUCAGUCCGGCCGGGAAAUGGACCUUUGCCUGAGAAUCAUGGAUUUAGAACUAUUAAAUCCUUGUUGGAAAUCUAAUUGUUAUUAUAGUCUAAUACCCAGUUGUGUAAUGCAAGUAAAUUGCUAGUAUUUUUUGUCUUUAAUAUCAAAAUUCUUGUGCAUUAAAGUUUCUUCAGUGCUUUGGAGUAUAUGUUAUCUAAUUUAUUUAUAUGGGUUUAGCCCUU